UCUCUGACUUUCUUUUCAUGCAUGUCCCUCUUUUCACUCUCUAAAUUUAAUUCAAUAAUUUUUAGACAGAAGACUACUAGCACCAAAUAUUAAUCCUAUAGAUAUAGAUUUUAAUACUUUUGUAAAUAUAUAUUUAGUGAUUGUUAAGGCAGACGUGGUCAGCCAUAUAGAUCUCUCUCCUAUUCCUACGACCAAAGACCAGUCUUCAUGAAGAAAUUCCACCAAUGAUUUUCUCAGUCAAACUUUCAACACAUCUAUAUUUCUUUUCUCUGAUUCAAAUAUAUACAAGCUAGCUACUCCUCAUUCCACCAUGUUCUCAAAAUCCCAUACCAAUAUUUUUUCCCCACUCUCUCCUAAUCAAGGUAACUGAAAUCGAUCGAUAUGGAUCGGAAUAAGAAGAUGAUGGGAGAGUGGGAGCAAAAGAGUUUGUUGAAUGAGUUGUUAAGAGGGAAAGAACUGGCAGGACAACUCCAACUCACCAUAGCCACGUCACCACCAUCAUCAUCAUCAUCAUCAUCGUCAACUUCUUCUUCUUAUGAAAGUCGUCAGAAUUUGGUACAAAAUAUAUUGGUUUCUUUUGAAAAGGCACUCUCAAUGCUCAACUGGCCUGGUGGUAGUAGUGGUACUAGUAAUCAAUCUCUACUACCAGCUGUACCAGUAAUGAUUGGGAUGUCUGAAUCCCCACCUUCUCUUACUGGAAGUCCAUUUAGUGACGACUCUGAUCGUGACCAGGACAACAAAGAUUACAUUGGCUCUAGAAAGAGAAAGAGUUUGCCAAGGUGGACGAAGCAAGUGAGAGUGAGUCCUGGGAUGGGACUAGAAGGGCCUCUUGAUGAUGGGUUUAGCUGGAGGAAAUAUGGUCAAAAGGACAUUCUUGGAGCCAAAUAUCCAAGGGGUUAUUAUAGAUGCACUCAUAGAAAUGUUCAAGGAUGUUUGGCCACAAAGCAAGUCCAACGAUCAGAUGAUGACCCUACAAUCUUCGAAAUCACAUACCGAGCAAGGCACACGUGCACCCAAGCUCCCGGUCACGUGAUUGGAACUACUACUACUACUACUUCGACAGCCUCAACUGACCAAAACCAAAAUAAUAACAACUUCCCAUCAUUAUUGGAACAAAUGAGUCAUCAUCAAACUCAUCAAGAUGAUCAUCAUCACAAUAGUCUUUCUAGUCUAAGAUCAGGCCUCAAAGUUAUCACUGAAGGCCUAGAGAAUCCUCAUGAUGGCCAAUCACCACCAUUAAUAAUCUCCUCUAAUAAUUUCAACUUCCCAACUAUCUCCUCUUCUACUCCACUACCCGUCAAUGCUAACAUGAUCGACGCAGUGGCCACAGCCACUGCAGUUGUAGCAGCAGCAGCCGGGGAAGAUCAAAACCCGACUGCUGCUGAUCAUGGAAGAUUUUCUUCGCCAAAUUAUUCUAUGAUCAUCAACCACAUGAGUUUAAUGACGGAAUUUUCCCAUCAUCAUCAUCAUCCUCCAUCGUUUGUGUCCCCGGAAACUUCUGGGACAAACUAUUUCUCAUCGUCAGCAGUAUCGCCUCAUCAUCAUCAGCAUCAUGAAUUUGGAGGAUCAUCAGUUCAGCAAUCUUUUGAUCAUCAUAAUGAUCAGCAUGGUUCUGAGUCUGAUCAGAUAAUUAGUGCAAUAAUCACUUCAACUGCUAAUACUACUCAACCAAUUGGUAUGGAAAUAUCAGGUCAUGAAUUCGACUCCAACUUCACCUUUGAUAACUCAGGAUUCUUUUCCUGAUUAUUAUUAUUAAUUAGUUCUCAAUAUUGAUGUUUUAAGAGAGAGGAUUAAGUUUGAUUAGUUAAGUAGGGUUUCGUAUAUUAUUUUUCCCAAAAUAAUGUAGCGCUUGAUUUUAUAGGUUAUAAGAGUGAUAUAAGAGAAUUUUGUUUUCUUUUAA